AUGAUGCAACGUUCUCCUAUGAAGCGUGUGGGUGAACACCAUGAUGGCAGUUUUGGAAUAUACAUGUCACAUAAGAUUCAAAAAUUGCGUGAUCAGAAUGAGACUUUUGUAUCGGCAUUAUCUAAUAGAGAGGAUGCAGUGGGGAUUUUUAAAGGUGUUUGUGUAUACGUAGACGGGUAUACAGUUCCUAGUAAAGAGGAGAUUCGACGGCUUAUGUUGCUGCAUGGUGGUAGAUUCGAACAUUACGAAACCAAUCAUGUGACGCACAUUAUAGCCACUCAUUUGCCAGUAUCCAAGUUGCUGCUACUUCAGAAAGCAAAAAAAACAGUCCCAGUUGUACAUCCAGAUUGGAUCGUACGUAGUAUUGAACAAAAGCAAUUGCUCUCGGUGCAACAAUUUCGGUACAAAGGGUUUAUCGAUCCAACCCAACGUUCAAUCAUUCAUUUAUCCGGAUCAAGUUUUGUAUCUGAAGAUAUAUCCAGUACUACACUUGAAGUUGAAGUUGAAGACAAAUGGCUACAUAAAACUCCAAAUUUUAAGAAUGAUCUAAAUUCAGUAUUUACACUUACUGUCAAUGAAACUGAAGUAGAUACCGGUAUUCCAGAGGAUAUCGUGAAUUUUGAAAACCAAGCGGAUCGUUCGAAUAGGUUGGAAGACUCUCGAUUACCAUUAGGACAUGACACGAUAUUGCAUACACCUGCAAGAGCUAUACGGACAACUUCAACAAAAGAUGGUCCAGAAUUUGUCAAACAUUUCUUUGCCAAGUCGAGAUUGCACCACAUUGGUACAUGGCGAUCAACCUUUCAACAAAAAGCAGCAGAAUUCCAGGCGAAAUAUCAAGGUGAUCCUAUCAUUAAAGCAUCGACAUUAUCAAAUGAACGGGUGAUACUUCAUAUCGACAUGGACUGUUUCUUUGUAGCAGUUGCAAUGCGAGGUCGGUCACCAAAGUUGAAAACUUUACCUGUUGCUGUUGCUCAUUCGGAAACUGCUGGUUCAUCUGAAAUUUCGUCGUGUAAUUACUUGGCACGUGCUCGAGGAGUUGGUGCAGGCAUGUUCAUGCAAACGGCAAGGGAAUUGUGUCCUGAUUUAGUCGUACUACCCUAUGAGUUUGAUGCUAUCCAGCGCGUUUCAUUUCAAAUUUAUGACAUUUUCUUCUCCCAUACUCCAUUUGUGCAGGCCGUGAGUUGUGACGAAGCAUAUCUUGAGUUUGGAAAAGGAACGGAUGGAUUGGAAAAGGCAAAGACAAUACGUCAAGAGAUUUUUCAACAGACUGGAUGCGCUGCAAGUGUAGGUGUGUCUUUCAAUAUACUUCUUGCAAAGCUGUGUUCAAAGAAAGCAAAACCAGAUGGAAUUUACCACGUCAGUGACCCUGGUCAAGCCGAAGCAUUCGUGCUAUCGCUUAAAAUUCGUGACUUGCCUGGAGCUGGGCACAAAACAAGAGCAAAACUUGAAGCCCUUCAAGUCGAGGACGUUCGACAACUACUCUCGAUGACGAAAGAUGAACUCGUGCAAUCCCUUGGUAGAGCUUCGGGUGAAAUGCUGUACAAUUACGCUCGAGGUCGAGAUGUCCGUCCGUUGUCUAUGGAGUCGAAUAUGAUGCGCAAGAGCGUAUCCGCAGUCGUAAAUUUUGGAAUUCGGUUUGAAAAUUGGGAAGAUGCGACUGUCUUCUUGGUAGCGUUGGGCGAGGAACUGAGUCAUCGUCUUCGGACUCUCAAGUUGCGGACGAAGUGCCUAACACUGUUGAUCAAGAAACGGGCAAAAGAAGCACCCGUUGAGCCUUCAAAAUUCAUGGGUCAUGGAAUAUGCGAUAACUUCUCCAAGAGCCAUGUGUUGGCUCAAGCAACAGACGACCAGGUUGUGAUUGGCAAGGUCUGCAUUGAAUUGCUUCGGCAACUCAAUCUUCCAAGCGAAGAUCUCCGUGGAGUCGGAGUGCAGGCUACCAAGUUGGUUUCAGAUAUUCAAAGCAUUAACCAACGAAGUGGGCAGCUUGUUAAAGCUUGGUUCGAUGAUUCUGCGCAACAACCAGCUUUCAUGUCUUCAUCGCAUCCUCCGCGACAGUCAAUAACAAGGAUAGGCAAGGAAGGUGAGGAAAAACGGAAUAAGCUUGGAGCGAACGAGAUUAGAAACGAUUUUACAGCUACAACAUUUUCGCAAAUUGAUACAGGGGUUCUAGAAGAGUUACCUGAGCAGCUUAAGCGUGAAAUCAUGGCUUCGUAUGGUCGAGGGUUACAGUCUACGACUGUCACCCAAAACGUUCAUCAGCCUUCACCAAAACGAAAAACUAAUAGAAAAGCACCACUACGACGAAGACACCCGACACGAAAUAUUUUUGAUUCAAAGUCAAAUAGCCGGCUUGCACGCGCUGCGCAUGCUUCUAUCAAAGAAUCAAGGAACGUGGACGCUCUUAAUGACAUUCGAAGGUCCCAAGUUGACUUGGAGGUGUAUGAUUUGCUGCCGUUUGCAAUUCGUAGAGAGAUUGAUCGAUUCGCAAAGAAGCGCAAUUCCAGUACAAGAGUCAUUCCAAAACGCAGUGUUUCAUUGGAUUCCAGUCCUGAGCAGGUUUUGAAGAAGACGUUGACACCAGCAUUGUCACCCAUAGAAGACCUAUACGUCAAUCUUGUCGAGAAUCUUCAGUUUGCUGUGUCCGACAAUGAAAAUGAUGAUCAGGGUCUAAUCGACGACACCAGAGCACAGUUGACUGCUUUUGAUGCCAUUUACUCGCGUAUUUUGGUCGAGGUGGAGAAUCGCACACUCGAUCAGGCCUUGCGGAUGCUCCGCUUUUUUCGCCGUAAAUGUUCAAGUCCAACCACCCCUGCCGAGCUCACUGACCUGUUGAAGCGUGGCUUCAAUUACGUCCUCACACUUGUGAAUCAGGAUGUACGACGACAUUUCAAUGGCGUGCUGUCGUUGCAACUGGUUGCACCGCUUCAGUAG